GAACGGUCCAAGGAAAGCUGGUUUGACUGUGACCAUGAAGUGUUGAGCCAUGGAGCGGUCGAAGCCCUUCAACAAGUGCUCCAGUGGCGUUUUAUGGCUCGAGGCAGCCGCCGAUGCGACGACGACAUCACCCGGGAGCAGUCCAAAAAGCAGUGACAAAGCUCCUGCCCCUGCGGAUCAGGUGACCGGAGCAGAGCAGCGAUUGCAGACGGCUCCGGAGCACGAGAGCAUUUUGGAGCAGCGGCACAUGGAGCUCACCCAGCUGGUGGAAGCGCAAGGGCAAGAAGUGUGCCGCUGCAUAGACCGACGGAGCGAGGAGCUGUUCUCGCGCUUGGAAGUCCUGAUCCACAAACAGAUGCAGACACAGCAAGAGCUUUGCUCCAAGUUCGAGGCGGCCAGUCUGCUCCGCCCGGUCGGGCGCGGAGCGGACCGCCGACCGCGCCGCGCCAGCGCGCCCGUCGGCAGCGGCGCGGUUCCGCGCGGCAUCGACCGCGGCAUCGACCGCGGGGCGCCAACGACCGUAGCGGCAGUGGUAGCCGCUCCGGCACCUCCGCAGAUUGAGCCGAGUCCGCAGCCACCGAGUUGCGGGCCGACCAUCCUCGAGGAGUCGGUCGCUCCGCCAGGACUGGUGGAGGAGGAGACGACGACUGUCGCGGUUGCAUCGCGACGUUGGGAUGAGCCCUCCGAGGAGGUCGCAGUACAGGAGGACUCCAGCCCUUCGAAACCCUGGAACGAGACCGGAAACGACGAUGGCUCCGACGGCGACUCCGACGCCUUCUCGGAUGAGUCGGUGCACCCGACGGCCUCGACCAAGCUGUUGGACAGAGAAGAUGAAGAGGCGUAUCAGGCAGCCCUGAAGAAAGCCAAAAGGCUGCACACGCAAGAGACGCGCACGACCUUGGCCAUGGCAGCCAGCGUCUCGGAGCACUGGCAACUUCGGCUACACAACUUUCUCAACACCGCUGCUGUCGAAGGUUUGUGUGCCCUGGUGAUCUUCACCAAUUCGGUGCUCAUUGGGGUCCAAACGGACUACAUGGCCAAACGGAUCGGCGAAGAGCAGCCCUUGGUCUUUACGGUCGUGGAUGCAGCCUACACGGUGAUCUUCGGUUUGGAGCUCCUCGUGCGCUUGUUGGGCUCCGGUUUCGGCUUCUUCUACCGAGACCCUGGCCUCUUCUGGAACUACUUAGACCUCUUCAUUGUUCUCCCAUCCAUCUUCGAGCUGGCACUGAGCUUCUUAGUGGAGCUCCCCUCGGUGUCCACAGACAUCACGGUGGUGCGCAUCCUCCGCAUCACCAGAGUCUUUCGCGUGAUCCGAGUGGUGAAGGUCAUCAAGUUCAUCAAGUCACUGCGACAACUGGUGGAAUCGGUGAUCCACACCAUGAGGUCAUUGGCCUGGUCCAUGUUGCUCUUGGUGGUGAUCAUCUAUGUGUUUGCCAUCAUGUUUACCGACGCGGCAGCUGCCUUCAAAGCGGAGCACGAAGGGCACGCUCUGAACGCUGAACUUACAGCGAAUUUUGCCGAUCUCCAUCUCUCCAUGCACACCUUGUUCCGGAGUGUCUCAGGUGGCAUUGACUGGGGCACAGUGGCCUUGACCCUCAACGAGGUGCAUUGGAUUUGGGUCUAUUUGUUCACGAUGUAUGUGGCAUUCUGUACCUUUGCAGUAUUAAAUGUGAUGACCGGGAUCUUCUGUCAGGUUGCGGUUGAAAGCUCUUGGAACGACCCCCAGCUGCUCCUCCAGCAUUCCAUUGUGGAACGGGAAAGACAGCGCGACCUGAUACGACAAUUGUAUCAUCACUUCGGCCAGCAUAAGAACCGGCGCAAGAUCACUCUCAUUGAUUUUGAGGAUCAGUUUGAGGACGAAGGUGUUCAAGGUCUUAUGAACCUCCUAGACAUUUAUCCGGAUAGCGCUUGGUCGCUCUUCAAGCAGCUGGACGACAAUGGGGAUGGAAGCAUCACGGAGGAAGAGUUCGUGAAUGGCGUCUUCUGCCUAAAGGGCGCUGCGAAGUCGUGGGACAUGGACAAGAUCGCGCAAGAACAGCGAGGUCUCAAGCGGGUCAUUGACAUGAACUUCGCUCGAAUCACAGGCUACUUGGAUUCCAAGCCCGGCACGACGCUGAACGGAGGUGAUUGAGAUGCUCUCCUCGGGAAUGGAAUGCCAUGCUCCAUGCGCCACGAAUGACGUUGGAAUCAAUGCGCCCGGCGCCAGUCGCGAUGGGCACUCUGCGAGACGUUUUUUGGGG